CCCUCGCGGGAGCCCCGGCGGCUCCUUCCCCGCCCGCCCCCGCCGCCUCUCUAGGCCUCGCCGUCCCUCGGGCCGCCCCUUGGGAACGGAGGAUGAUGAAGCUCAAGUCCAACCAGACGCGCACCUACGACGGGGACGGCUACAAGAAGCGGGCGGCCUGUCUGUGCUUCCGCAGCGAGAGCGAGGAGGAGGUGCUGCUGGUUAGCAGUAGUCGUCAUCCUGAUCGAUGGAUUGUCCCUGGGGGUGGCAUGGAGCCCGAGGAGGAGCCCAGCGUGGCUGCAGUGCGAGAAGUCUGCGAAGAGGCUGGAGUGAAAGGGACAUUAGGAAGAUUGGUGGGAAUUUUUGAGAAUCGGGACAGGAAACACAGGACAUAUGUUUACGUACUUAUUGUCACAGAAGUGUUGGAAGACUGGGAGGACUCUGUCAAUAUUGGAAGGAAAAGGGAAUGGUUUAAGAUAGAAGAUGCCAUCAAAGUUCUGCAGUAUCACAAACCAGUGCAAGCCUCAUAUUUUGAAACCUUGAGGCAAGGCUGCUUGGCAAACAACGGCACUCCAGUCAUGACCACGACAUACUCUGAGGGCUCUGUGUCUGACAUCAGAUGACUGAGGACGUCCCUGUGUGAGAGAUUUUGAAAAACAGACUGAAAUAUGGAUUUCCCCCCCCCCCCCUUUUUCACAUGCCUCCUCUAUCAAAUAAGGCAUGGGCAGCAGCCUGUGGCAGAGCAAGUGUUAAGAGUGCUGCAAUUUAGUGCAAGGUGGGAUUUUUUUUUGUUGUUGUUGGCUUUUUUUUUGUUGUUGUUUUUUGCUUUUUUGGAUAUGUAUUUUGUAAAAUACAUUUUGUGCAUGAAGUGCCCCUUUCCCGUUACACCGCUUCCAUUGCCUGGCGAGUGAGGCUGCCAGUUUUGCCUCUGCCUUGUGUUCUGAAGUGUCCCAUUUGUGUCAUCCCAGCCAUAGCCACUUUUUUUUUUUUUAAUUAAAAGACUUCAAAUGUGAGAUCAGCUCUUUAAGUCUUAGUCUGUACUGUAAGGUGCUGUUUGGACCUGCGUGGCGGUCACUUUCAGCACAUGUACAUAAACAACAUUUUUUUUUUUUAGAUGGAGAAUCUAACAUUUUAAUUUUUUUUUUUAAUCCUGGUCUGCUUCUGAAAAGAAGGGUUCAUAAUUAAUCUGUUUGCCUUUUGUUUUGUUUUUUCUCUAAAAAUACAUGUUCUGUGACAGUGCUAGUGGCUGGGCCAGUUUACUCCCCAUUCAGCAACUCCCCAUUUGGUGCAGUGACUCUUGAAGUUGAGGGCAGAGUUUUGAUCACCUGCAGACAUCCCUGCUGCUCAGUUGCUUCUCCUGCAGCUUCUGCCGCCGUUUCUGCUUUCACAUCAAAAUGAAACAAAAAGAGUUGGUCUUUUAAGGCUUGGCCAAAAGUGAAUAGCCUCAGAAACGCUACGGUAGGAAACAAAUGUCACUGUCUGUGGUAGGAAGCAGGGAUUCAGAGGGGGUUCAAAGUCUGACAAACUGGAGUGUCAAUCACCAAUGCUGUUCUGCUGAUCCUGCUGCAUUCUGCUGAUGUCUCUUCUUGUCCACAUGCCUUAUACCGUGCUGAACUGGAUAUCCUAAUUUGUGCUAAAGCAUCGGAUUGUACUUACUGAGUGUUGCUGCGCCAACCCUUGGCUGGAUAACCAUGUAUAUCUUUGAGAAGAAGCCCGGGGGAAAAAUUGAGGUGUCCAAUCUCUUGUCCUGUGGUUCUGCAGCACUCGCAGUUGCACCAUGGAGCACAUUCAGAAUGUUUAAGCUCUCCCUCCAUGAAAGGUACAGCUGACUCCCGAGCAGAAUUGCUAGUUGGAGAAGUACACCGUUGAUAGGAUAGCUUCCUUGAUGCAUUGGCACACUUCACUUUUUUUUUUUCGUUGUUCUGUUUUUAUUGAUGUAAGUUUCAUGCUGUCUUGAUUUGCCAACAGUGUUGUCUAGUUGGGAAAUAAAAUGGGAAGGGUUGGGGCUGGGGGUGGGUUGGGACAGGUACAACUUUUGGGAGGGGCAUUAAUUAAUCCCUGGCUUGGGACAAGAAGCAGUUGCUGAAAUCAGUAACUUCUCUUUUGUCAGAACAUAGCCAAGAUGUGAAAUUAAAUCUGCAGUACUCUUUUUUUUUUUUUUUUUCCUCUUUAUUU